AUGUUUUCAGCUUUAGCACUGAACACCACUUAUUUCAAAGCGGAUAGAACAGAUUCAAGUUAUGGGACAGGCAUUGUUAACACACAAAUUUAUACUAUUGUUGACUACCGCGGACAACAAAUUUAUAUCUACAAGUCACUCUCAAAUGAUCCGAAAAACCUAAUCUACUAUUACGUGCCAAUCAUGUUUCCAAAGAAGAAACUAAACACUAAUUGGAUUUGGACUUCUGGCAGAGGCGAACUACGUCUAAAUGUCAUGUUUGGCAAUGAUGAAAUUGAAGAUAAGGCAUGGCAAGAAAUUGGCAAAACAGGAGAAACAGGAACAUUUAAAGUGGUUCCACUCAUCAUCGAUUCAUUUUCAGCCUUCGUCGGUAAUGCAGAUAAUAAGCCGGUGUCUGGUGUACAUCUAUUUCGUAGAACACAUCCCAAUGAUAAAACAAUGACAAUUAGAUUUCAGUGUUCAUCGGAAGUCAUUGCUAAGGAAGUCAUGUCAAGUGUGGUCGAUGGCGAUUACGAUGUAGAAUUUGCAUUUUUCUUUGCUGGUCUCAACAAAGUCUCAAUAAGCAUGGAUAACUCAAAACAAGAGAAAUUAGAUCUGAACAUGUAUGGCCAACUUUGGUCUUCUAGUGACAUAAAUCCUGAUCGUCUUACUUCGGAACUCAAUAAAAUUUUCACUUAUAAUCAGGCGGAAACUAAUUAUCGUAAUACAAGGGAUAACUACUAUGACUUUCAUGAAGAAUAUGCCAAAUCAUUGGCGAUGUCAGCAGCAUUGGAAGGCUCAGCUAUCAAGCUUGGGACUCUAUUAGGAAGUAUGGACAUAUAUGCAUCACUUAAUUAG